GGUUGGCUCGAGUGACGUGCGCCAACCCUUGUAUCGGUCAUGGAGGAAGCGAAUGGAGAUCAUGCGGAUGACGCAACCUGGGUGUUGACCAGCAGCUUUGUAAUUUUAACCAUGCAGAGCGGCUUCGCCAUGUUGGAAAUGGGCACUUGCUCCAAGGGCAACGACGUGAACAUCAUGCUGAAGAAUGUCUUCGACGUGGUGUGUGGUGCUUUGGCCUACUACAUGGUGGGCUAUGGCAUUUCCUAUGGAUCGCCCAGCAACGGUUUUAUGGGUCUGGGUGAUUAUUUCGUGGAUGGUGAUCCAGAGGAUCCGUUGAAGACAGGGCUGCUGUACAGCAGAUACAUUUUUCAGUUCAGCUUCGCUGCAACUUCCACCACCAUCGUCAGUGGCAGCCUUGCGAUGCGCUGUCGAUUUCCUGUGUAUUGUAUCUAUUCUUUUUAUGCUGUGAUCGUGUAUGCCUUUGUGGCACAUUGGGUAUGGGCCAAAGAUGGCUGGUUGGCACAGUUAGGUGUGCACGACUUCGCGGGCAGUGGGGCGGUGAGUUUAUUGGGGGCUAUGAAUGGUCUCAUCGGUGUCUCCAUGUUGGGACCUCGCCUGGGACGUUUCGAUGACAGUAGGCCGCCCAGUGACUUUAAGCCGUCCUCGCCCGCGACGAUUCUGUUUGGGCUCUUCAUGCUGUGGUGGGGAUGGAUUGGCUUCAACUGUGGCAGUUCUUUCGGCAUUACGGAGGAUAAAUGGCUGGUCGCCACGCGCGCGGGGGUGUCCACCAUCAACGCCACCGCAGGCAGUUCAUAA